GCGUGCGGUCGUGUGGAACUGUAGUGCUGGACAUCCUCGCCUUCCAGCCUUCUCGAAAAUCGAAACCCUAGACCGCGCGCCCCCUCGCCCUCCGGCCUUCCACGUCCGAUCCGAUCCAAAAUGCAUAAGCUAGGCAGAGGAAGCCGGGACAAGGUGCAACAGUUCAUGGCAAUUACCGGCGCAAGUGAGAAAGCUGCCCUUCAGGCUCUUAAAGCUAGUGAUUGGCACUUGGAAGGAGCUUUUGAUGUUUUCUACAGCCAGCCACAAAUUGCUGUUGCUAAUACUCGACAUCUGGAAGAGCUCUACAACAGAUAUAAAGAACCAGAUGCUGAUAUGAUAAUGGUGGAAGGCAUAUCACAGAUCUGCAAUGAUUUACAGGUGGAUCCUCAGGAUAUUGUUAUGCUUGUCAUAUCGUGGCAUAUGAAAGCUUCCACUAUGUGUGAAUUCACUCGCCAGGAGUUCAUUGGUGGACUGCAGUCAAUAGGAGUGGAUUCAAUAGAGAAGCUUCAGGCGAAGUUACCUUCAUUGCGAGCUGAGCUUAAAGAUGAUCAGAAGUUCCAUGAAAUAUACAACUUUGCAUUUGCCUGGGCAAGGGAGAAGGGCCAGAAAUCUCUCGCAUUGGAGACUGCUAUUGGCAUGUGGCAGUUGCUAUUUGCUGAAAGGAGCUGGCCUCUCAUUGACUACUGGUGCCAAUUUCUACAGGUAAGGCAUAAUAAAGCAAUCUCCAGGGAUACAUGGGCACAGUUAUUGGAGUUUGUUAAGACAAUUGAUCCUCAGCUAACCAACUAUGACGAAGAAGGUGCUUGGCCCUACCUAAUCGAUGAAUUUGUGGACUACUUGAAAGAGAACGGUCUUGCCUAGCAUAGAAGGUGUACGGAAUUGGGCUGUAGGGGGGAGAAUUUGUCACCCACAAGGCCACCAUCAUUGUAUAACUUAAUGGUCGGAUGCUUGUAUUCAUUGCACUACCAAUAGCUAAUGCGGCUCGUGCGUCUGGGGAUGGAGUUUAUCCUCUAUAUAGACAAAA